AGCUCAUGUUGUUAUUUCCGGAUGGUCUAGCUCAAAUGCAAAUGAGAAAUCUCACUCGUGAUUGCAAAGAAGUUUAUUACAGCAGCCGGCUCUCACACAGGGAAAUUUAGUUCUGCCGUUCGGUUUACAGAAACAGGGAAGCCAGCAGCACGGCAUGCUCGUUUGUAUCCAGGUUUGGCUUAACUGGUGUGUGUGCACUUGCAGGAAUGUCAGCCCACACAGGAGGAGAACCUUUGGUGCAGAGCUUGGCCAGACUUCUUAGAGACUGUGGAGACCUAGUGCUAGAUGGUACAAGUACCCUUACCCUGCAGCCAUUCAGUCUGCACCACUUGACUCAGUUAUUUGAUCAGCACCUACAGUUCCGGAACCAUCAGCAUGGCUUUGUUGCACUUCCAUCACAUCCGUCUGAAACAGCAGUGAUACUUCAGCUCCAGUUCCUGUUUGAUGUGCUGCAAAAAACAGUUUCUUUAAAGCUUGUGCAUCCAUUGGGCCCAAGGCUGCAAUCCAUAGUGAAGAUCUUCCCGUUUAAAUCACUGCGAUACCUUGAGCUAAAGCGAGUUCCACCACAUUGUCUUGAGGGUCUAGGGGCUGUCUACUCCCAGCUUGAGAUGUUGAUAUGCUCCAGUUGCUUCUGUUCCUUGGAGGAGAUCAUUGCUAUGUGUGGAGGGGACCUCAGUUCUGCUCUCCCGUGGCUGGAAUUACAUACUCUAAAAUUUAGCUACAACUCACUAACUGCAUUGGAUGACUCCCUGCAACUACUGAAUGUUCUUAAGAAAUGUGAUUUGAGUCACAACAAAAUCCAGGAGUGUGCUGAAUAUUUCAUGCCGUUAACAGAACUAGAAUACCUGAAUUUGGGGUAUAACUUCUUGUCGAAAGUGCCUGUCCUGAGCCUGAGCUCCCGCGUCAAGCUUACUAUCCUUAUACUGCGUAACAAUGAGCUGGAUGGCAUAAAUGGAGUGGAACAACUUUCAAACCUACAGCAGCUUGACUUGGCUUUUAAUUUGCUGUUGGAGCAUGCUCAGUUAGCACCUCUGUCUCAGCUCCACAGAUUAAAGAAGCUUUACCUCGAAGGAAAUCCUCUCUACUACCACAAGAAUCACAGAACAGCUACUGUAAAGCACUUGUCGCCCAAAGCUGCUUUCCUCAAUCUCAUUUUGGAUGAUGAACUUCUCAGUGCUUCAGAGCUGGCUCAUCUCCCGAAACAGGGCCAGAGGAUUGGCCAGGCUGUACGAAACUCAUUCCUGGAAGCAAGCCGAUCUGAUCAGAGUGUUCUGGAAACCUCAGUUUGUGGUGACCUUGCUGAAAGUACAUCGCCAACAGAAGGAGGCCCUAGUAAGCUUCCACGUAAAAAAUCCAAGAGUAAAAUCAAAGUAAGGCGUGCAAGCAUCUCUGAACCAAGUGAUACUGACCAUGAGCCCAAUGAACCUCCUGCUUCAGGUGUAUUGCUGCAACACCAGAUGGAGAUUGAAAAAAUUGACACUUUUCGAGACCAGCUUGGUGAAGACUGGCUACAGUACAAGCACCACUUGGAGGGGGCAUCAAGUAUUAGGCCAGAGUCCCACUUGGAGUCUGUGACCUGUUGCCAAAGAAAUUACCUAGAGAGCUCAGCAAGCAUGGCCACUUGUGAGAACAGCCCUGCUAUCAUAACAGAGGGCUCUGACAACUUUCCAGAAAGAGAGGAGCAACAAGAUGAUCAGGUAACUACAGCUUCUAGGGGUACAGUGGAUUAUGUGACAGCAGAUGAAAUGGAAUCCAUGGAGGACCCAUCUGCAGAGUUCUUAAGCAGCAAUGGGGCAGAAACAGUCGAAAAUGGAGUGGUGGAAGAUGAGGAGGAAGACUUGGAAGUGGACGUAUGCCAUCCGUUAGUGGUGGGUGUCCUUCCAGAAGAAGGAACAAUCCAUUCUGAGAACUCUUGGAUCUUUCUUCGACUGAAACCCUCAUACUUAAUGGAGGUAGACUUGAAAAGUGCAAAAGUCAUACAUAAAAUGGAGCUGGACACUUUGUUGAGUCUUGAUAUUUCAGAGGUCAUCUGGAGGGAUCAGGAUGCAGAGAAGCCCCUUCCUGCUUUAGAGCUAUGUUUUGAUUACAUUUGUAAAGACAAACAAAAACGGACGUAUGUGAUCCUAGAUGAGAGUCCAGAGCAAGUUCUGCAGAAUCUGGUUGAUGUCUUCUCAAAGGUUCUAGAAGAGAAUUUGAAAAAGAAGGGACAAGAAGAGAGCCCACUUUUGCGCCUUCAGUGCCUCAGGUGCAAGGAAGAGAUUACAGUUCCCAGAGGAAAAGGUGGCAAUAACCUGCUUCUGACAGGACAUGAGGAAAAGGAGCAGUCAGAUGUCAGCAAAAAUGGUCCUGCAACAUGCUAUGCAUGCUCUAGUGACCACAUGAUUCUUCUUCCACAUGAGUCAGAAAUGAAAGAAAGAUCAACCACUGCUUCUGUAGCUUCCUUGUAUCAGAAUGCUGAAAAUGGUCACAGUACAGACAUCCUUCGAAUAACCUUCAUGGACAGUGAGCUAUGCAACAGCUUCAAGUGUGAUACUACUCUGAAUGGUCUUCCAUGUGAUAGUACUGAUAGGACCAUCCAGAUGGAGUUACAGACAGAGCCGUUUGAUCAGAGAGGAGUAAAUGGUGGCAGCUUUUUGGAUAUUCGACCACAAAGCGCUCUUACUGCAGAAAAUAGGACAUUCUACAUUGGAGGAGAGGAUGCAGAUGAAGGCUUGGAGCAUGAAACAGUAGUGAAAGAUAAGGAACAGAGCAUUGAGGGAUCCACUGAAGAGAGAAGGCCUUUUAAAUUACCUUUGUUCAACAGAAGUCAGAACUGUGAAAGAAGUCUCUCAUGUCCUGUUCUUCCAAAUGCCAAUGCAAAGCAGAAAUCUCCAGGCCUUGGUCACUCAGAGUCAGAUUACAGGUCAUAUGGUAGUCUUGCUGGGAGUUAUCGAUAUGGCACGCCAGGUGACUUGACUGUUUCACAACUUUCCACACCAUCAGAGUAUGAGGAAGACUUCCCAGGAAGAAGCACAGGUUAUGAUCUUGAAACUGAAGAUUUUACAACUGUGGACCACAGAAUUAAGCUCUUUCUGGACAUGGAGGUGUUUGAAGAAAACACUGAAGAAUUCUGCUGCGUUCUGAAGGUAUCUGUGGUGAAAUAUGGCAGACCUGGGGAGUAUCUUUCACUGCUGGUGGUAACAAAUCUUCAAGUCUACAUCCUACAGAUUGUUGCAGAAAUAAGUGGACAACCAACUGAUUGGCUGAAGAAGACAGAUGGCCAUCGUAUUUUGGACCUUUUGUACCUGGAACUGGGUUUGGGGAGCCAGAGCAUUCGGAUGCAGUUUGGACAUCUCAAGCAGGUGGAAGCCUCUUACUGUCUUUUGAUUCGAAAUAAAAACAGAUGUACAAAGUUUUACCAUUACCUCACAGAGCUUGUACGAGAAUUGACUUCUAAACCUGAAAGCAAACUGCAGGGCAUCUCAAACGUGAGGAUGGAUGUAAAACAUCCACUGUGGUCGAUUCUGUGCGAGGACUGCUCACCAGAGAAACUUGAUGAUGGAGCUUCAGAUUUCCUGUAUGUACUUGCAUUUCUGGUGCAAGAAAGCAGUGUCUUCCCAGUGACAGUACUUGCAACCAAGUUCACACUUUACCUACUGGAAGAAAGCCAUCAGUGGCAGAAGUUGCCACCUGAAGAUACUUGCAUUGAAAACAGUGAACAGUUAUGUGACGGCUUUCAAGUCAAAGAAACCCACCCAAUCAGCAGUGUUAGUUCAGCCCAUCUCUACCUCUCAGCUCCAUGUGAUUUCAUACUGAAACUUUAUAAUGAGACUAUAAAAAGUGAAAGCAUUUGGCAUCUGCGAGCAGAAAGCCCAGACCUGGUGCAUACUGUGAUUGAAUGGAUUAAAGUUCCAUGGGAGGAGAUGUUCAGUGUCAGUUUCAACACUGUGGUCCACAAAACUCUUGACUAAGUCAACAAUUAAAAUCAUGCAAAAAUGUAGCUGACACAGCUAAGGAAAGAGCUCAUCCAAAGAAAUAGUUUUGGUCCAAUUUGUCUUUCAGUGAAUUUCCUUUAAAAGCCAUUAAAGACUUGCUACAAGAAACUUUUCAGCAAGGCUGCCUACUUGCAUGUUUGAGUUGAUGACUCUGUUGGGGCACUGGACACAUCAACAAACAUGACACCACAAGGCAAAAGUGCUGACAUUUUUUAGCAGAUAGGGUUGGAAGUGAUGCUCACAGUAGCAUUAACGUUUUCCAGUAACGCAUACAGUGGCAUGGCACAUAGCUCUGUUUUCUCCAUCAGUUGUCAACAUGGGUAGUGUAUAAGUCUGUAGAAUUUAAAGUUCUUUAACUGCCUGGAUGCAAAUAAUCUGAUCUUUUGGAAAGAACUCUAUUUCCUAAAGGCAGAAGUAAGAUCUUAUUAUUUGGUUUACUGCGGUGUUUUGUAAUGAGCUGUAAUUCAUUGCUGUAAACCUUGAACUUAAAAUACAAAGAAGCUGAAGUCUGCUUUUCUUUUAAAAAAAAACAACACAGAUUUUGUAUCAUCACAGAAACAUUAGGCAAACGCCAAUGUUAAAAUAUGUCUUCAAAGUGUAACAUCAGUAGGUGAAUUCAGUAGUAUGAUUUUAACAUAUUAAAAGCAGUUACACAGAGUGGUAAUUUGUGCAUUAGGAUUCUCCAGCCUCUAACAGUGAGACAAGACGUAAACUUUCUUGGAGCCUACUUGAUAGAUCAGGAUUAAACAACUGUUAUUGAGCUGUGGUAAUAAGAACUUCGUUUUGCAUUGUAUGGGGAUGCCAUUUAUGUCAGUAUAGUCUUGUAGAUGGGGUGGAAUGUCUGAGGGGGAGCCUAGAUGCAGUAUAGCUUAGACUUUACAAAGAGACAAUGAAAUCUGCUUUUUUGUACCAUCUAACUGGCUCUUAUUUGUCAAGAAAUGACUAUACAGUGACCAUUUUGCUAUAGGCCACUUUAAAUGGUUAAUGUUUUAUACCAUUGAUUUAGUUUUUGUAGCACUGGCUAUAGCUUAGCACAUCUCUUUGCCUGCACCAGUCAGAAGCAGUCUCUGAGGUGGCUUUAUAGUUGUCAGAUGAAGGCAGAAAAAACUUUGCAGCGCAGAGCAUGAAAUGGGAGGUAGUGAUUUUAAUUACAGGGCCCAUGUUACAUACCUCUCAACCUCUUAGAGCAAGAAAUGUGGACAAACCCAUAAAUAAUGGGGGGGCAAAUGUCCAAAAAUAGGGACAAUUUUUAUAUAUUGCUCU